GCUGCCCAUUGAGAGGGGUUGCGGGAGAACAGCGGGAAGGCGACAACGGCGGCGGCGCUGCUGAAAUGAAAGGCAGAAGCCGGCAGGCCACGCUCUUCCAAGCAUGGGGAACGCAGCCGACUCCUGCGCCGGCUGCGGAAGAGGAGGAAGAAGAAGAGGCGGCGCUGCUGGCUGCAGCCAUAGAAGCCGAGGCAGCGGAUUCGCCGUCCUCUUGGCCCCCUCCGUCAGGCGCUUCGGCUGCCCGGGGAUUCAUCGGCGGCGCGCCGGGCGCUCUGUGGAUGUUCCCGUCCGGCGGCUGCGUGGAGGAGCGCGCCUACCAAGUUCGAGCGUCGUGGGAAGCGCUCCUGGCCAACACGCUGCUCUGCCUGCCGACAGGGUUGGGCAAAACACUGGUAGCCGCCGUGGUCAUGUACAAUUUCUACCGGUGGUUCCCCGGCGGCAAGAUCCUCUUCCUGGCCCCGACCAAGCCUUUGGUGGCUCAGCAACGGGAGGCGUGCGCCCGCCUCCUGGGCAUUCCCGCUGCGCAUAUGGCCGAGAUGACGGGAGGUACUCAAAUUGUUGAUCGGAAAGAAAUCUGGCGCACCAAAAGAGUCUUCUUUCUCACUCCUCAAAUAAUGGCAAAUGAUCUCUCUCGUGGCACAUGUCCAGCAGCAGAAAUUAAAUGCCUGGUUAUUGAUGAAGCCCAUAAAGCGCUUGGAAAUCAUGCAUAUUGUCAGGUUGUGAAAGAAUUAUGCAAAUACACCAAAGAGUUUCGAGUCUUGGCACUAAGUGCAACUCCUGGCAGUGAUGCAAAGGCUGUACAGCAGGUUAUUACCAACCUGUUAAUUUCCCACAUAGAACUUUGCUCUGAAGAUUCUCCUGAUAUACAGCCUUAUUCUCAUGAGCGACGAAUUGAAAAAUGUGUUGUUCCACUUGGGAAAGAAUUGACUGAAAUUCAGAAUGCUUACAUACGGGUCUUGGAAAUUUUUACUAGUCGGCUAAGUAGACUCCAGGUGUUACCACGACAUGAAAUAUCUGCUCUUACAAAGUAUCAGAUAAUUCUAGCACGAGAUCAAUUUAGGAAAAACCCUGCUUCACGUUUUGAGCGAAUGCAGCAAGGUGCAAUAGAGGGAGAUUUUGCUCUUUGUAUAAGUUUAUAUCAUGGUUACGAACUGUUAUUGCAAAUGGGAAUGAGAUCAUUACAUACCUUCUUACAUGGAAUUAUGGAUGGAUCAAAAGGAAUGACUCGAGCCAAAAAUGAACUUGGGCGUAAUGAAGAAUUCAUGAUGCUGUACAGUCAGCUUGAAAACAUGUUUUUGGAUUCAGCUUCAUCAAAUGGCAACAUCAUUGAACUAGGAGCUGAAAACACGAAGACUUUCAUUUAUAGCCAUCCCAAAUUAAAGAAAUUAGAAGAUGUUGUUCUACAACAUUUCAGAUCCUGGAGAAAACAUCAAGAUCAGAUUACAUCUGAAGUGACACCUACAGAUACCAGAGUGAUGAUCUUCUCCUCCUUCCGUGACAGUGUUCAGGAAAUUGCAGAGAUGCUUAACUAUCACUACCCACUUGUGAGAGUCAUGACUUUUGUAGGCCAUUCUACAGGCAAAAACACUAAGGGUUUUACACAAAAGGAACAGCUUGAGGUAGUGAAGCAUUUCCGGGAGGGCGGCUACAACACAUUGGUCUCCACGUGUGUAGGAGAAGAAGGCUUGGAUAUUGGAGAAGUAGACCUCAUCAUUUGUUUUGAUGCUCAAAAAAGUCCAAUUCGUCUUGUGCAGCGAAUGGGCCGAACUGGACGCAAACGGCAAGGGCGCAUUGUUGUCAUUCUUUCUGAAGGAAGGGAAGAGCGAACUUACAAUCAAAGCCAAUCCAACAGAAAAAAUCUUCUGAAAACUCUUUCUAAAAAUAAAGGCCUCCAUUUGUACCAGCACAGCCCACGUAUGAUUCCAGAUGGCCUGACCCCCAAAAUGCACCGUAUGUUGAUUACACCUCCAGAGAAGGAGCCAGACACUUCCACAGCCUGCUCAAAGAAGAAAGGCCUCACUUUGGGGCAAAAUAAUUUUCUCAGUUUUGCCAGUGCAGGUACAAAGCAAGCCAGUCCAACUGAAAGCUGGUGCCUUACAACUGAGGAAUAUGAAAAAUGGGAUAGACUAUAUCAAAUAAAAGCUGGUGAAGGAAUAAAAAAGCCAAUAAUGCCACGCAGUCAGUUUGUAACAUUAGAAUGCAAAGAUACAAGAACAGAAUUGGAAACCAAAGAAGUUCAUGAACUGUCACUGACAGAAUGGACAGUCUGGCAGAACCGGCCAUUCCCUACCUAUCUAGUGGAUCAUUCUGAUCGUUGCUUCCACUUCAUUAGUGUCAUGGACAUGAUAGAGCAAAUGAGACACGAAGAGGGAGUGUGCAGUUAUGAGCUGGAAAUUCAACCGUAUUUUCAUUGGGAAGAUGUUCAUGCAUCAAAUGAGCAGACCAGCAAAAGAUGCGACACCGUGACUCUUGAAAAAGUAUCAUCUGGGAAAAAAACAGCAGCUACAGCAAAAGAAAAAUAUUCCUUACAGGAGUUUGAUGCAGAAUGUAUGUCACUGUUUAAAGUGGCCAAUUUUAAAUCCUCAAAAAGACCUCAGGUGAUUGAUGUAGAAACUGCAAUUCAUGCUAAAAGAGAUGGCAGCACUUUAGAUUGCUUUUCAACAAACCUAUCACCAUUUCUUGAAGCUACAGGACAGGAAAGUUUGGCAGAUGAGAAUCAAGAAAAUAUGGAUGCAGCCCUCAACACAAGUAUUCAAGGAAGGACUUUUGUCAAUCCUGAAAAGGCUAUGACAAAAGCAAUUCAUCCUGCUCCUGAAAAUUGUAUACAAAACGGAGAGCGUGUGGAUUCUGACUAUGGCUGUUUUGCAGAUGAUGCAUAUCUUUCAUCUUUAUUUUAUCUACCAGUGCCAGAGAUUGAUUUGUUUAGAUUUUCUGAAACAAAUGCUGAUGAGAACUUUUCCUGGGAAAAAGACAUCCAAAUGAGUGUAGCAAGAUUUCUGUCACAGUCCCCGCCAUCUCUGGAUGAAUGGUUUGCUUCUAAGGAAAAGAAGGUGGAUGAAGAUCUGGCGCUUGAUUCUUUACAGCAGAGUGUUUCCAGCAAGUCUAAAGACAAUAUUCCAGAGAAAAGUGUAUGUUUCAAGAAUAUGUCCAUUUCACCUCAGAACAGUUGUGAACUCUUAAAUACCCGUAAAUUGUGUUCAAUGGAUAUCUGUCCUUUGGAAACAAAUAAUAUUCCAGAUACUUUCCUUAGUAGUAUAAAUGAUCUUAGCUGGGAUGACAUUUUUGAAGUGGAAACCGAAGAACAGAAUGGAAUUCAAGGGGAGAAGCUGUCAAAAGUAAACAAUAGUCCAGCGCAGAAUUCUUUGAAAAGGUAUAAUGGUAAAAGCUGUGGAAAAACAUGCAAACCAUCUGGAAGAAAUGUAAACCCUGAGGAAGAUUGUUCUAUAUAUUUAUUGGGAGAUCAUGCACAGAGCAGUCAACUACCAGCUGAAAAAAUGGGGGCACCUUCAGAAUUAACUGGCUUGUGUAGCCAAGCCAACAUGCAGAGUAACAACGCAAGAACCCCUGAAUGUCAUUUUUCUGACCAACUUGCUUCUGUUCACAGUACAAAUCCUAUAACAUCAUUGACACCACAUAGAAAUGAAGUAGAAGUCUCUGGUGGUCUUGAUCAUGGAAGCAAACCAAAUCCCCAUGAUUAUGAGGAGCUAUAUAAUGCUUCUGAGGAUUUGUUCUCUGUUAACUUUGAUCUUGGAUUUUCUUUUCAAGAGUCAGAAGAUGAUGCCUUAGAGCAGAUGAACUCCAUGAAAAAUAAGGAGACUCCUGUAGUUGGUCAUUCCAACAGGGUUGAAGCCUCUUUCUCAAAUAGUAGUUUGGUCAAUAAAUAUCCUAGUAAUGAAUGUUUUAAUAAUGUGACUAAAUCUUCUACACCGUUAAACUUGCAAAACCACAAUCCUGGUCUGGCAGCGAUUGACCCUGCUAUUUCUUUGGCAUCUCCUUUCACACCAGCAACUCAGAGAUUUUACCAGUCACCAAACCAUGUAAAAACUGUGUGUUCCACACCAACAGGUGGACAAAUGAUACAUAAUAGAACUUCUUGCUCUAGAAAUAAUGAAGAAAGCUCACAUAUGAGAGUUUCAAGAAAAGCGAACACCAGCAUAGUUAAAGUCUUGGCAAAAUCAGCUUUUGGAGUAAAGGAUCUUCCAUCUAAUGAACCUGGGGACAGCAGUGAGAAGGAAGAAUUUUCUUUUCUUAACAGAAAAAAGAGAAAAACAAAAGUUUUGAGAACUUCAGAUAUUAGUGACUGUGACAUUGAAUCCCCAAUUUGUGCUGUCAAGAAGCGGAAACGUCCACUUAUUGCUUCAGAUGUCUCUAGUGAUGAAAGCACAGAUUUUGCUAAGAAACCAAAGCCAGUGUUGCAGGACAGAAAGAACUACAUCAAGAAGCCAGUUCAAGAUACGAAAAGGCAGAAGAAAGGAGAUAGACCUCUGAUCCAGAAUUUAGCCAAACACUUCAUAGACGAGGAGGCAGAAAUUUCUGAAGAUGGAGUGGAAAUUUCAUCUGAUGAGAGUAUAAAAUCAGAAGAUGAAUUGAAUUCUUCCCUUGUUCAAUUUCUUGAUGAUGAGACGCAGAUCGCUCAAGAUUUAAAUGAAUCUGAGAUGCAGGCAGUUUAUCUGAAAUCUGUACGCAGUCCAGCAGUUGGCAACAAGUAUAAGAUGGUGCAUAAAGAAUUCAAUCCAAUAACUGUUUUCUCACAGAUUCCAGAGCAAGAUGAAUGCUACGUAGAGGACAGUUUCUGUGUUAAUGAAGAGGAUAACCCCAAAAGCAGUUCCAGUGACGAAGAUGUCCACAUCAAUUUUGACCUUUUAGGGGAAGAAAGCUUUGUGGACGGAAGAAAACAGUACCAAACCCGGCACAGGAAAAAAAUGAAAGUGGGCCAUACGAAGCAGAAAACAGGAAUGCCACUAGCCCCAAAGAGGUUCACUAGGGUUCGGAUUCUUAAUGGAUCUAGUGAAGAUGAGGAAACUGAUAAAAAGGAAGAGCAGAUGGGAUCACGAGUCAGUGCUAAAGUUGAUAAGGAUUCUAAUGUUACUUCCUUAACUAAGGACCAGACUCUGCCCCAAAAAUGCUCAGUUCUAAAACCCCAAGAAAGCCAUGCCCAGGUACACUUGGAAAAAUCCUGUUUGCCAGAACAAUCAGAUUUUCAUCCUCAAAUUAAAGAUCAGUGCAAAUAUGAACUUGUAGGUAAAACUUUCCAGAUUAUGCCAAAGCCAGAAAAAUCUUUGGAGAACCUUCCUGGACGCUCUUCUUCUUCUUCCUCUUGGACUUUAAGGAAUUCAAAGAGCCAAGCACCUCUGUGCAUUCUGGUGGAUAACCAUGAGAUCUCCUCUGGCCCAGAAGUUAUUUCAACCCUGAAAACCGUUCACGGAGUCAAGGUUGAGAUUUGUUCUCUGGGUUCCUGUGAUUAUAUUGUCAGCAACCGUCUAGCGGUAGAAAGGAAGUGCCAGGCAGAAUUGGUCAACAAUAUACAUCAGAGUAAAAUGGUCCAGAGGAUGCAACAGCUGAAGAACAAGUUUGAUAGGAUCUGCAUAAUUGUGGAGAAGGAAAGAAUUAGAACAGGCGAGGCAUGGAAGGUGUUCCACAGAACCAAGCACUAUGAUAGCAUGUUAUCAGCAUUCAUUCAGGCAGGAAUCAAAGUGCUCUUCAGUGCCUGCCAAGUGGAGACUGCUGACUUGCUAAAGGAACUAGCUUUGGUGGAACAGCGGAAGAAUGCAGCCAUCCGUGUGCCAACAGAAGUGGAGGGACCCCGACAGGAUGUUUUCCGUUUCUAUUUGAGCAUUCCCUGUGUCAGCUAUACCCUGGCUCUGGCCUUGUGCCACCAUUUUGGUUCUUUAAAAGAGAUGGCAAACAGUACCCCAAGGGAGAUGGCAGGCCGCACUCAGGUCAAUCAGCAGAAAGCAGAGGAAGUGUACCGCUAUAUCCAAUACACCUUUGACACUCAGAUGUUGCCCAUGAUUGUUACAUGAUCCUCUAUAAAUCAAAGUGGGGCAUCCCUUUUAAACAGAAGCACUUUAUUACUACAUUCCUUCAGUGUAAGACAUGUAAAUAAAAUGUCAAACAA